CAAGCUGACGAGACCGCUAAACGUUUCGAAAAUAUUGAUUUGGAUCAUGUCAUUGUGUCACCGUUUGAUCGAACUCUCGAAACAGCGACGAGGAUUCUGAAAAAUCGUAAUAUUCCGAUAGAAGUGGAACCAGGACUGGUGGAGGGCCUGUACAUGUGCGAGGAUCCUCCAGGCUACGAAAGUCUUGAAGUUUUGAAGCAAAAAUAUCCACUCAUCGACACAUCGUAUAAAUCAGUUAUGCCGUGGAAAUUACCACGUGAGGGUUACGGUGACGAUGCAUGUACUGGACGCGUGGCAAAAACUUUAGACGGUCUAGCGCAACGAUAUCCCGGUAAUGCUUAUCGCAAUUCCCGCAAAACGUUAAUGUUGGUUUCACACGGUGCUCCAAUAGGCGCAAUUCAUGAAAUUCUAUGUGGAAGCUGGAAGUACGUCGGUCAAGCUACUGUAUCGAAAUUCGUCGAGGUGCAACCAGGAAAAUUCAAAAAAGAAUUGAGCAGUGAUUCAUCGCAUUUGAGUGAUCAAUCGAAUUUGAGGCCUUGGUGA